AGGACAUGUAGUCGAGACUGAGCCAAACCAUGAUAAUGGCGCAAUCAAACAUUUUGAUGAGAAUGAUGAAGCUAAAAGAUCUGUAGAAGGUUCAGAGAAUAUAUAUCCCAUUAAAAAUAUGAAUAAUUCAAUGAUGUUGCCACAAGUAGUGAAAGCUCCGAAUUUUCCUAAGAAGAUUAAGAGGAACAAUCAUGUUAGUGCCAAUAGGUCGACUAGCCAGACAAAUAGGUUUAACAGCCAUUCUGAGAGGAGAAUAAAGUUAAAUACAGGGUCUUCUCUACAUCGGCCUGCUUUCAACAGUAACUUUUCCUCCAGAAAUUCAAUGGCUAAGUUGUUCAAGAGGAAGCUGUUCAAGACUGGUGCAGAAGUCACCAAAGAUUUCGACCCCAACACAGUGUACGAUGGCAUUGAAGAGAUUGACCUUGAUCUCGAAGAAAUGGAGGAAAAUAUGGACAACCUUGACGACACAGGCCUUGAAGAGACUGAAAGUGACAGAUUAGAUGAAGAAAUUGAGAUCCUUAUGGAGGCCAACAAAUAAACUCCUCCAAAAAGUAAACAUCUGUGCUGGAGUUGUUGCAAACGGGAUCUCUAAAGCAGCCACUCUUAAGAGCAUGAAACCAUUCGAGCAAGAAGGAGUGGUAGAUACUGAUUUAAGGCAGAAAAGAAGGGAGCUAAAGAAGAUCCACUCUCAGAUUGAAACAGAGAAAUAGAAAGGUGAAAACCCUUGAAAAUGAAUUUGAGCUGAUCUGAAGCUCUUCUCUCACAGAUCAAAAUAAGAUGAUGGAGUUGAUAAAUCAGAAGAAAUGGCUUGAGAAAAGCGUAUUCGAGCUUCAACAACAGGCUGAUCAUCUCAAAAAUAGGUUAGGAGAAAUGAAGAAAUUUGAGAAAAUUGUGAUUAAUAAGGAAAAAGCUGAGGAUAUUAAGCAUCAGAUGAAGGUUGAAAUAAAAAAUUGCAAACACUCUAAACUAGAAAACUCCAAACAGCUCCAUGACCUGCAGGUGAAGAACAAGUCAUUAGGAGUUGAGAUUGUAGAACUUCAAUCUGUGAUUCGAGACUUAAAGCAGACAAAACAUCAAAUACAUAAAGAUUGAGAUUCUAAAAAUAAAGCAGCUGGAGAGGAUGAGAGUGAGGAAAUGAAAUAAAAUUCGAAAAAUAAAAGAAAGCAUGGACAGCAUGGCUCAACGGAAAGACCAGCUCUAUGAACAUGCUAUGAAGACCAAGAGUGCUAGAAUUCAGAAACUUGAAGGGGAGAUCUCCAGGGCUAAUAAAGUAAUAUCAUCUCUGAAUGAAGCUAAUACAAAACUUUCAAGUGAGACUAAGGCUCUUUCCCAGAUGUCAAUAGGAUUGCAAAAGAAGAAAGAAACAAGAAACAAUAGCAGACCAAGAGAUGUAAUAAACCGAAGUAUGGUUAUUAACACAGGGGUUGGACCAUGACUCUAAACCCUCAAUCUACAACUCCAAUCUCUAA